UAUUUCCACUUUAUUUCAUAUAUUUUACUUUAUUCUCUCCAUUUUACACAUAAAAUAAAGGGAGUACAUAAAUUAUCCGCACUCAAGGAAUGAGUCAUCUUCCUUGGGACGGCGGGAGUACAACUCAACUAUACUGAGAGAGACAAUAAUCCCCACCAGGCAGAGGCAGAGGAGCACACACGUACAAAGUAGAUACGCAUAAAUAUAUAUACACGCACUGCAACGCAUGUGUGUACAAGUGAAACAGAGAGAAUUGUAGCGAUGAAAGGUAGCAUAUCGAAGCCAUUAUCGAGCCCUAGCCGGGCGGAGAAGUUUCCCCCGCCGUUAAUGCGGUUCAACGUGGGCAGCCGGAGCCGGAGUCGGAGUAGAAGCAGGUCGCGGUCGAGCCCCAUAUUUUACCUCCGCGGAAGGAGAAGCGCGCCGGCAGCAAUCGAGGAACCAUCGUCGCCUAAAGUCACCUGCAUCGGCCAAGUCCGCAUCCGCCGCUCCAAGCCCAGGAGACGCCGCCGCUCGAAAAGCCUCUGCUUCGGAAACAAUCCAUUAAGCGGGAUCCUCUGCAAGUGCGGAUCAAUUUUCGGGUGGGGAUGCAGCAAGAAGGUCGAUUCCAAAAUUGAAAACCUAAACAAUGAGAGCCCCGCCGAAAAUAAAAGGGGAUUUCUGGAACCUUGUUAUUCCCCGCCAAAAAAUGCGUUGAUGUUGACCAGAUGCAGAUCCGCUCCCUACAGAUCUUCGUCCUUGGGAGCUCGAUUUUGGAAUGUCGAAAAAUCGGAUGAAUUAGCCAGCAGCAAUACUGAAAAACAACAAGAGGAAGAAAAAGAAUUAGAACAGAUGGAGAAUUCAGCUGAAAAAGUUGAAGAAAUGAAGAAAAUUGGCGGCGACGCUCAGCGGCUAAGGAGAUGUAAAUCGGAGCCGGCGACUACAGGAGAAAGGCUAGUUGUUUCACAACCCACUUUAAUUGUUAGCUGAUGAUGUUAUCCAAAAUUCUUCUGCUAAAUCAAUUUCAUUACUAAUUUGUUGGUUGA